AUGGAGCCGCCAAAGAGAGACGACGAACACAUCGACGGCCGCCGUGCCCGUGAACUCUACCGAUUUUUCCACCCCGAGCGUCCACCUUUGAAGAGCGUCAAGAAGUCGUUUUCGAGCGAAGCGUAUUCGCCGCCAGUGAGCAACGCAGAUGGAUCCCUCCCGGCACCCGUGUCGCCGGCAUUGCUGCCUCAACCCGCAUCCCCGGCCAACUUCGGUCCCGUCUCCUCGUUGCUGCCGGAGGGUUUGACUCUGGGCGACCCCAACACGACGUUGACCUCUUUCGCGCACCUAGCAGCUCUGCGAUUGAAUGUGGAGCGUGUACUAAUUAGGUAG